AUGGAGACUACAAAUCAUCUUGAAAUGAUAUCGAAAUUACGACAACGUCUUUUACGUCUUAUUAAAUUAGGUGAACCAAAUCAAUUACGUUCAACAACACAAAUAAAUAAUGAUAAUAAUAAUAAUAAUAAUACUAGAUCAUUAAUUGAUUUAACAGCAAACGUUGAAGAAUGUGUUCGAUGUCUUUUCAAUAAUACAUGUUCAGUUGAAACGUUUAUUCAAGAUGUACAACGAAUAUUAAAUGUUACUAUUAAAAGUAGUUUAAGUUUCUUUCUUAUCGAAGCAAUUCCACUUGCACAUCAAUAUUUACAACAACAUCAAUAUGAUCCACUUUCAUGGGAAACAUUUAAAACGAUUACAUUACAAACAUCACUAUCUGCAGGCUUUUUGUUUUGGUUUUAA